CCUUUGUAUGAUGACAAUGGUGAAUUGAUGUGUGACAAGGAUGGAAAGCCACUUUAUGGCAAACCAGUGUAUGGUGUCCCACUGCAGGAUAAAGAUGGUAAACCAGUUAAAGAUUCUGAUGGCAAUCCUCUGUAUGCCAGGCCACGGCAGGGUCAGCCUGUGUGUGAUAAAGACGGAAGGCCAUUAUUUGAUUCAGAAGGGCAUCCAUUGUACCAUGAAGAGGCCACCCCAUUCUAUGACAAAGAUGGUCAUCACCUCCAUGGGAAACCCAUCUUGGACAAAGAAGGCUUACCAUUGUAUGACAAAGAUGGAAAACCAGUUUAUGACAAAGAAGGUAACCAGUUUUAUGACCCUGAUGGCAAACCUUUACUGGACAAGAGUGGCAAACCUCUGUACAGCAAACCUGCAUUUGAUCAAAAUGGCAAACCACUAGAAAACAAAGAUGGCAAACCAAUGCAUGGCAAAGAUGUUAGACCUGUGUACUGGGAGGAGAUUUUCAACGAAGAUGGUAAACCAUUUUAUGGUAAAGUAUACAGCAAAGAUGGAAAACCACAUCCCCUGGCGAUAGAAAGAAGCAUUGUACCAGCAACAUUUGCUCCUGCAGGAAAGG